AUGCAAAAAGUUGAUAGCCUCGUUGAACGAGCGCGUCACCUGUCGUUACACUCGUCAGCGGAGACACCUCUAGAUGCGUUGCACUCGACAGUUGACACGCAUCUGGAGAAGAUCUACAAGGAAUUCUCUGCCCAGAAAAUCACAAAGGAUGAUUUCUUCAAUCAUAUUCAGCAGGACGCGAGUUCUUCUGAGGUAGAUGUUCUUGAUCCAUUGACCUCGUUGGAUGCGUUCCGGGCUUACAUGAAAGAUCCUGCUUCUGGAGCGCUGGGUCAGGCGAAGGAAUUGGAUGCUUCGGCGCCUAUUUCGGACUAUUAUGUCUCUUCGAGUCAUAAUACAUAUUUGACUGGGAACCAGCUUUAUAGUGAUUCCGCGGCGAGUGCGUACACGUCGGUUCUUCUGCAUGGCUGUCGAUCUGUUGAGAUUGAUGUCUGGGAUGGGGAACCCGAGGAAGCGGAUGCGAAUGGGGAUGCUAGCAGCGAUUCCUCGGACAAUGAAGAGAAGAAAUCAACUCUGACAUCUAGGCUGAAAGAGACAAUCAAGUCAAAGAUUGACAGUGAAGAGAAAGCUGCGAAGGGCCUUUUGCACCGUAAGAGAUCUAAGGCUGCGCAGGCCAGCACGAACGGCGAAGGCAAGACCACCACUGUGCCAGGAGAACCUCGUGUGCUGCACGGGCAUACUCUCACCAAGGGCACACCCUUCCGCGAGAUCUGUCAUGCGAUCCGUGACGCUGCUUUCGUGAACAGUGAUCUGCCUGUGAUCAUUAGUUUUGAAGUCCACGCAUGCUUGGAACAGCAGCAAAUGAUGGUCGAUAUUGUUAAGGAGGCGUGGAAGGGUCUUCUGGUCACUGCGUCCGACGUGGACGCUGAUAAAUUGCCCACACUGGCCGAGCUGAAGGGUAAGAUCUUGAUCAAGACCAAGUCCACGCCUCUGCCACGAGCGGAUCUCAAAGCCGAGCUGGAGGAAGCGUCCGAACCCUCAGACGAAGCCAGCGAUCCAUCCACUGACACGCAGCAAAAACCCGUCAAACCCUCCAAGGUCCUAGACGCUCUGGCCCAGUUAGCGGUAUACACACGAGCAUACCAUUUCAGUCACUUUGACCAGCCAGAGGCCAAAGUCCCCUGCCACGUUUUCUCGCUAUCCGAAAAAGCAGCACGCGAAGCACACGCAAACUACCGCGAUGCCUUAUUCGAGCACAACCGCUGUUCCCUAAUGCGAAUCUACCCCUACGCUCUCCGCGUCACAUCCUCAAACCUCGACCCAGCCUUCCACUGGCGUCGCGGCGCCCAGCUAGUCGCCCUAAACUGGCAAAGCCUCGACAAAGGCAUGAUGCUCAACCACGCCAUGUUUGCCGGCACCCAAGGCUGGGCCCUGAAGCCUUCCGGGUACCGCAGCUCCGAGGGCCCCGCCGACAGCAUUCGCCGGACGACGCUGAGUUUGAAAAUCGAGGUCUUCGCGGCCCAGGAUCUGGCACUGCCGCCGAAUCACUCCGAGCGCGGAUUCAGGCCCUACGUUGUUUGCCAGGUGCAUGUUGAGGAGCCCGAGGGGCCUGUUGCGGCGGAUCGGGACGACGCGAGCGAUGAUACGGACAAGAGCAGUUAUCGACGUCAGACGAAGACGGCGUCGGGUAGGAAUCCGGACUUCGACGCGCAUGUUUUGGAUUUCCCGGCUGUGGUGGGCGUUGUGGAAGAGCUCAGUUUCGUCCGAUUCAAAAUCAAGGACGACGAAAUCGGUCGUGACGCCUUGGCUGCGUGGGCAUGUAUUCGUCUCGACCAGCUACGAGAGGGAUAUCGAUUCAUCCACCUCCAAGAUAGCACCGGGAGGAAUGCGGGUGGUGUAUUAUUGGUGCGGAUCACUAAGCAAGUUUCCUAG